AGAAAAGAAGAGAACCCCCCGUGCUCUGCUGCCCUGCGUUCUACUCCCACCUGCGCUGCGACUAAUCCCCCUCUCCCCUUCGUCUCGUCUCCCCCCUCCGCUUCGCGCAUCUCACCGCCAUCCUUUACCUUCCCGCGUAAUUGAGCGCCAAAGCGGGGGGACAUUUGAAUUCCCCGCAGCUUCCGCUUCCUGCGCGGCCUCGUACCGUCCGGAGGCGCCGCCGGCCGGGCCCGGCCCUAUCCCCUCCCCCCCUAGGGUUUCGCGUCCCCCCUCGGCGAUGGGGGACGCCGCCGCCGCCGCGCCAGCAACGUCGCCCGCGGGGAAGCGGCGGCGCGGCGAUGAAGUCGCGGGGCUGAGGCGGGUGGCGGAGAUCGUGAUGGUGCUGGCCGCGGCCGGGGAGGUGCGGGGCGGGAGGGAGCCCACGGCGGCGGAGCGGGCGCUCGCGGCCGAAGCGCGGGAGAGGCUGGCUGCCGCCGUCGCCGAGGGGGCAGUGCGGCCCAAGGAUCUGUUCCCGGCGGAGGCGGUGCGCGCGGUCGUCGAGGAUCUCGGGCUCAACCGCGCCAAGGACCCCGCCGCCAUGGGGUUCCGCCCGCCCAAGGCAUCCAUCGCCGAUAGGCUCAUGCUUACUAAGCGCAAGAUGGAGGAAGUCAAGGAAGCUCCAGUCCAACCAACAGUUAGCGCAACUCAAACGGUCGUCAGUGGAAUGUCCGAGUUCCAUAGUUUAAAUGGGGCUUCCAAGUUUGGUGUUGGAGUUCCUAGGAACCCACAAGUUGUAGCUGUAGCUGCUACUGCCCCAUUAACCUCGACAUCCCCUGUUAUCUUGAAGCCGCCAGGAUCAUCUCCUGUCAAACCAGUUGCCAACUCCUCAGGUGUUAUCUUCAAGCCACCAGGAUCAUCACCUGUCAAACCAGUUGCCAACUCCUCAGCCACUGUUGUCCACCCAAACAAGUCUACUCUAGAUACAUCUGCUAGGCCCAAUGUAAAUGCUGUACAGAGUUCCAAUCCGUUGUUGAAAAACCAGGACACAAAGCCAGUGGCAGUUCAAGCUGCAACCGGUAAUAGUGUUGUGGGGCAUCAUGCUACACAAGGUGUGGCAUUUAUUCCACCAAAACCUACUUUUGUCAACCACAAUGAGAUUGCAAAGUCUGUUCAACAGUUUCUGCACCAACCUACGAAUCAUCCUAGUUGGACUCCACCAUCAACUGAGUACAUGCAUUCUCGCUUGAGCUGUCAAAUAUGCAAAGUUGCUAUCACUGAUACAGACAGUUUACUUGUUUGUGAUGCCUGUGAGAGGGGAGUACACUUGAAAUGCCUUCAGCAGUAUGGUAAUAAGGGUGUUCCUAAAGCUGAGUGGCAUUGUUCAGCAUGCCUGACACAGAGUAAAGGCAAACCCCUGCCACCAAAGUAUGGCAAGGUUACAAGAACUGUUGUUGCAUCAAAGGCUGCACCACCUGGUAGUGGAGCACAAGUUUCUUUGCAGGGAUCAGCAGAAAACAUGGCUGCAAAGGAGAAUCACCAAAAGUUGGCUGCAAAUGGAAAUCUUAUGAAGCCAAUCUCCACACAAGGUGGCAGCACGAUACACAACAUAAAUGUAUUGGCACUGGGUGCCAUGGCGGCUGGUUCACAAUCACAAUUAGCUUCUACCUUGAGACCUCCAAUAGUAAAUACUGUUAAAGCUGAAACUUCCUCUAAUGGAAAGGAAGGAACUGGUCAGCAGGGCAGUAGUAUGACACAGCCUGAUGUGAAAUCCCCUCUAAGGUUGAGAAGUGGUUCAUCUUUGAACUCUGCGGGUUCAGCAAAUGAUACCAUGAAUAGUGAGCCAACCGCAGAAAUGUCUGGUGCUGAAGCAAAAAUCAAGUCUGAAGCAAACUUUGAGCCCCCUGUGAGCAGGGAUGAGGAAUUGGUUGAUAGUAGUAGAACAUCUGUUGAACAAACUAAGAUUGUUGCUACUGAAGAAAAGCCCAGGGCACAAGCAACCCCCAUGACUGACAAAGUGAAAGAUGAGGAGACGACUACCAACACUGGAACAUCAACAGAUCAAGGAAGAAACUUCGCUACUGGAGAAAAGCUCCCCAUUGAAGCAACUUCUGAGGCACUCACAAUCAAUGAUGUGAAAAUGACUAUCAAUACUGGAAUACCUGUACAGCAAAGCAACAUUGUUACUAUUGAAGAAAAGCUCCAGAUUGAUCCAGCCUCUGAUCCACAUAGGAUCCAAGAUAUGGAAAUGAGUACCGACAAUGGACCACCAGCAGAUCAAAGCAGCAAUAUUGUUGCUGAAGACAUGUCCCAGUCAGAGAAGACCUCUUCAAUUGGUGAUACAGAUGUCCCUGCUAAUGCUGGAAUACCAACAGAUCAAACACAGCAUUCGAAUGGUUCAACUGAAAAUGCAGUGAAACAACCUCCCAAUGGAGAACCAUAUAAAGACAAAUUAGGUUGUAAUAUAGUCUCAGAUUGUGUUUCUACCCAAAAAAUAGCUUCAAAUGGCAUCAUAUACCCUAAGGAUGAAACUUCAUGUACUAGUGAAAAUGAAGCUGUGGGUUGCAACACAGAAGCAAAAGAAGCAAACUAGAUCCAGUAGCAGGUUGCGUCCAAUUUUCUUUUUUCAGAUGGAACUAUGCCGAAUCUACCAUUAAUUUUACCAGCGUCAUGAUCAACUAUGUUCUCUGCAUUCUCUUGGAUGAUACCAGCGUCAUGAUCAACUGUGUUCUCUGCAUUCUCUUGGAUGACAUUAUACAUUUAGCCACCGCCAACCAUUUUUCCAGGGGGUAACUACUACCUCCUGGUGUAGCUAUAGAAGCCUAGAACACAGGAAACAUGACCUCUUGAUGUUGUACUUUAUGUAGAUUGACAAUCUUGAGUUCCUAACUAUUUAAUUCCAUUUUCUCAUCUGUUUGUCCCUUGCUUAUCUGUAGUCUUGUAAUUAGAUAGGGUUUAGCUGAGUGAGGAUUGAAUUAUCAUGUCACAAUAAUGAUACUUGCCUUCGCCAUCGCCUUGGGUUAGUUACCAAUAUGGUACCGUAUACCCUACAAAUUAUGAUCAUUGAGCUGCUAAUUCGUCCA